AGGGGAAGUCGAGAGGGUAAAGCUUUUCAAUAAAAGGGGAAAAGGACCGAUCCAGGAAAAGACUGAAUGCAAACUGAAAACAGACAGCUGAGGGGAGGACAGGGAGUAGCAGAUACUGUCAAAAGGAUAUGCAAAAAGAGGAGUCCACGAGAUUUAACUCAUUCAGAGACUGAGGAGGCAGGCGAAGAUAGAAGAAGAAAGUUUUAAGGACGAGAACUGCAGUUUUAUCAUAUUUUUUUGUGUGUGUAACUCAAGUUGUAUUUAACACUUUUCAACAAAAAGUGCUCCCUGCUUUUGAAGUUUGACAGAGGAAAAUUCAGUCUGGAUUACUGUGCUGCACAUUCACACACGUUUAAACUACAGCUGUGCUGAAUCUCCUACGGAAGGAACAUUGAUGAGCCUGAUUGACGACCCUGAAGUUAGCCCUCCUCAGACACAAUGACCACGUUCUCCUCUGCCUCUUCUUUCCCCUUCACUCUUUCCGUCUCUGCUUCAUCCCUCCCUGCUUCAGUGUCAUCCUCCCAUCCUCCAGUGUCAGCUACCUCUCUUCCCCUUUCCUCUACUCCCUUCCCCACCUCCACCUCUUCAGUGGUCUCCCAAAACCAGACCGUUUGCGCAUUUGAUGACACGGACCUCCGUCUGCCAAUCAUAGUCUUCUACUCCCUCUUUUUCGUCUUUGGGCUUGUGGGUAACCUGUUUGCACUGUGGGUCUUCAUUUUCUUACACUCAAGCCACAAUUCUGUGAGAGUACUCCUCAUCAACUGUGCUGUGGCCGAUCUGGUCCUGCUGGCGUGUCUGCCCUUCAGGAUCCUCUACCAUGUUAAUGGAAACAAGUGGUUACUGGGAUCUGUAGCCUGCAAGCUGGUAGGAAAUCUAUUUUAUAUGAACAUGUACAUCAGUAUCAUGUUACUGGGCCUCAUCAGCCUGGACAGAUACUUGAGGUUAAAGGGAAAAGGUAGAGCACAGAGAGGCACGAUGAGGCUGUGGGGUCACAGUCGGCCAUGGAGCUGGGUGGCAUGCGGGGCUCUGUGGGGUCUGUCGCUGAUGGCGCUGGUGCCCAUGAUCGCCACAGCGGAGGACAGAGAGAACAGUGACCAGUGCUUCCAGUUUAAGCAGCGACGCAUAGCCACGGGGAAAGCCUACUUCAACGCGGUGCUGGUGGUGUUGUUCUGGGUUGUCUUCAUCAUGCUCGGGGUCUCAUAUGCAAAGAUUGCCUCCCAGUUGCUGAGGGUGUCACAGGACAAGCCAGACCUUCCCAACGCACAGAAAUACAAACGCACCGCCAAGAAAUCCUUCUUUGUCCUCUUUCUGUUCACCGUGUGUUUCGGGCCCUACCACACCUUUCGCCCUGUCUACAUCCUCUCCCAGCUCAGCGGAACAGCAUCGUGUUACCACUUGCAGCUGGUGGACCGCAUCAAUGAGGUGAUGCUGUUAUUCUCCGCCUUCAAUAGCUGUUUGGAUCCUGUCAUGUACUUUAUGUUAUCUGGCUCGGUGCGCAAAACCGCUCUCCGAGCACUUGGACACCGACUGGGCAAUCGGCUUCUCUUCCUACACGAUGCAACGUCGAUCACCUCGACAACCGAGUUCAGGCGGCCGUCUGUGCCUAUGGCUUUACCGAACCCUGAACUAAACACCCCCCUGGUCACCCCGAUAACCAGUAUGGUCAUCAACUCCACUCUACACCGCACGGGAAUGGCCAUGCUUCCACCUACUGGUCAACAGUAGGUGGAAGCAUGGACACUGGAGAAUUAAAUACCUUACAUAUCUAACAUAGGCUGGACUGAUCAGAAUUCUUUGUAAAACUGAAAAAAGCAUUUCCACACAUACUGCCUUCUUAUGUAUGUUUUUUAGUACUGAGUUAUUCUUACUGUCUCCCCUUCUGAACAUCUGCGCUCAGUGGAAAUCAUUGUUUAAAUUCUACUUUAAUGCCUGAGUGAAAGACUGACAAUACAGUAUUGUCUUAGGAGAGGCACUGUAAAGCGACUAAUAUGACAGCAGCUUUUCAAAGAAUGUGUGUCAGGUUUAUUUUCCAUCAGAAAGUGCUUGAAUGUUUCUGAAAAUAUAAAUGUGUAUAUUGGUAAUAA